UUGGCACUAAAUGUCAGUUGAAAGAGGUCGUUCGAUUGGAAAAUAUGCGUCUGUUUGUUGCUCUGGUUUGUGUCAGUUUGGUGGCCAUGUCAUCUGCCCAGUUGUCCCUUCGCGGACGAUUGGGUCGCUCGGCAAAUGUUAACUUGGCCGUGCAGCAGCCAACUUUGCUGGCCAAGACUGCUGGCAUUGUUCCCUCCGUUCUGGUGAAGAAUGCCGGUAUUGUUCCAUCGGUUCUGGUUAAGAAUUCCGCCGGAAUUCUUCCAUCUGCCGAUGUUGCUGCCGAUGUUCAAACUCCAAGCAUCCUGCCACAAGUUUCCACUGGCAACUACUUGCCCUACUAUCCCCGCUACUGGCCCGAUUAUGGAUCUUCAUCUGGUGGCUGGUACCCUGGAGGUUGGAACGCUCCUAACUAUUGGAACAAUGACUACUAUGACUAUGGAACUCCCUACUUGGCUAGACGUCGUUUUCUUAAUCCCGUCGUGAGCCCCGUUGUGAGCCCCGCCGUGAUUCCCGCUAUCACACCCGCUGCAUCGUCGUCGUCGUCCUCCACCACCACCACUACAACAUCUACCUCUGGUGAUAACUCCAGUGAUGAUUCCAACACGGUCAAUGCUGCUGUGGUUCCUGAACAGGAUUCUGCCGAUUCCUUGCUCAGCACCCAGGUGAUCUAAGGAGGAUCUUUGUUAACAUAAUAAUAAAGUAAUGUACAUACUGA